CCCAGUCAUUACCACUUACCUAAGGCAGCGGGUCUCCACUCGGAUGAUCGCAGCGCGUGUCUGCACACGUCGAGGUAUGAACUCUCGUAGGUCCCUAUUCGCAUUUUGAGCGCUUGAACUGUUUUUACUGGACCAUUGUACCUUUGACUUGGAAGUGUUAUUCAAGACCUUGAAAUGAGCACCAAGAGACGCGGGGCGGCUGCUGCUUCGCCAGACGUGAGGCUCCGCGGCCAGAAGCGCCGGAAGGUGUCUGACGAGAGCCCCGUGGACCCCGAGGAAUCCGACCAGAUACCGUCCCCGGAAGACUCCGAACCCGCAGACGACGCCGAACCAGAGGAGGGGUCUGAAGCUGAGGAUGAUGAGGAGACCGAGGCAGACUUCGAGGGCGAUAGCCUUCAGACCGCGCAAGACAAGAUUAUGACCGAAUUGACUCGGUUAAAGGAUGACGAUGGCGAAGAUGUCGCAUAUCCUUUCAUUGGGAAGCCCGAUCGCAACCUUUACCGCGACUACUAUGAAAUCAUUCAGCACCCUGUUUCACUACGAACAAUCCAAAAGCAGGUCCGUGGUACCGAUAGUCGCAAAAACCCGUCCAAAACGACCGCAUUCCCCACGUGGAAAUCCUUCGAAGAGGAGGUCGCCUAUAUUUGGCGCAAUGCGAGGGAGUAUAACGAGGAUGGUAGCGACAUCUCGAUGCUCGCAGGUAUCUUAGAGGAGUAUUUCAAGCGGCGGGUAACAGAAGCAAAGAAGCAUGUGCCGGAUCCCACUCAGGUAGAUGGUCACCCCGAAAUGCCUCGCAUCAAGUUGAAAAUGGGCGCGAGGGAAGUGGAAACUAGGUCGCAAAGAUUGACGCUGAGGACGGCUGGGCAGACCUCCGAGACACCUUCCAAGGAUGAAGGAGUAUCAUCCGGCGUAACUGUCGAUAAAGAAUCCCUGAAACGACAGCAAGAGCUCGUCAGAACCGGAUCAGCGAGCCAGGAGGCCGACACACAUCGCAUGUCUCCUCGAAACAGAUCUCUGCGAAGACAUCUCGCCAGUCCCAGCAGGUCAAGUGUUGCUACCACCCCAUCCAUAUCCGAGCAGCCACAAAAUGGGCCAGCGGCGACCAAAGAAUUGGCCGGUGUUAUCAAGAGCGAGAGUUCGGGCCUGGCAUCCCAACAUCCCGAAACAGCAAGACCUUUGAACGGGUUGCACGCUGUUCCCUCAGAGCCCCAUGAUACUCCCGCUCCACAACCAGUUGCCACAUCCCCGUUAGAUUCGCUCUUGAGACGACCGGGUCGGGGUAAGAGAAUCUUCCCUCCAUAUUCUUUAUCUGAUUGCCAACACCCGCGACGACAAGAGAGAUCUCGAAAAAUGAGAGAAAUGAGUCACGCUAACAGUACCAUAGAUGCCAGCUCGGCGCUGAUCCGAAACGUCCAGAUCAUCACUCAUCCUUCCCUCUCUUUAAAAGUUGGGUUGAGCUUGGACAUUCCACCAUCAGCCACGCUUUCUCAACAGUCAAUCACGAUCAACCUGCCUGCGUCGCACAGCCUACUGACAAUCAGGCCGACAGUAGUCUCCGGGACAGCUCAGAGGCAUGUCAAGAUAGUUGCUCACGUAGGCAUGCAACGGCUUCACCCAUCGGCAGCUGAUACAUCUGGGCUGGCGUACGAUAUUCCCCUCCACCCCGGAACUACCAAGGUUGAUCUGGAAGCCAUUGCCGGCCCAGCAAGGGGGGUACCGAAGACGGGACCACCCGGUUCGGAGAUUGAUUAUGAGCGGGUCACUGUUUUCUUGAAUUUGUUGCGGUGAUUAUGUUAAUGAGGGGAUAAUAGGAAGCCAUCUCAGGCUUGGAAGGAGGAAGUUUCGAUUAUACCAUCACGGCUACGGAAGAUCCGCCGGAGACGACUAGGAAGAUCACGUUUGUCUUUUCGUCUUUUGUUUUUUACUUUAUGUAUUUCCUCCUUUUAAUGUCCCGGUUCCGUUCUGGUCCUUCGUUGCCUCGACAAAUUUUGGGCUGAUAAAUCUUCACCGUAAAAUUAAGCGAGGAGAUGAUUGUUUACUUCUUGUCAACUGAAUUUGUAUAGGAAUCGAGUCGCCAAUUGGGUUUUUUAGUUUAGAAAAUGUACCUCGGUACAAAGAAAGUCGUAAGACAAGUACAUAAGAGAAAACUUAGCACAAGGGGG